AUGACGCGUGCCAUUUGCAGAAGUUCCACCGAUGAGUCCGAGGCGCAGGAAAUGACUCAGGAGGUGAAGCUGAGCUCUGUUACGCAGUCCACAGUCAAUCUGGUCAAGAAUAUUGUUGGCGCCGGCAUGCUCUCCCUUCCCCAUGGUGUGGCAGCUGUGAGUGCAAGCCCUCAGGCCGUGGCACCGUCGCUGAUUCUCACUUUCCUUGCCGCGGUAUUCAGUGCCUAUGGGUUUGUCUUGAUUGCCCAAGCAUGCGAGGCAACAGGUGAGAGCACCUACACCAAGGUCUGGGCCAAGAGCGUUUCCGAGAGCACAAAGCUCCUGCCUGCAGUCGCUUGCCUUGCGAAGGCUGCAAUCGGAUGCAUCGCCUUCUCCAUGAUUCUGGGUGACUGCAUCUCCUUGAUGUUAGCUCCAUUGAAUCUGCCUGCAGUGAUUGCAAGCCGUGACGCAGUGAUCUUGCUGAUGACCACAGUGGUACUGUACCCUCUUUGCAGCAUGAAGUCGUUCGCACCACUGGCCAAGUUUUCUCUGCUGGGUGUGCUCAGUAACUUCUACAUCUGUGCUUUCGUGGUGUUGCGCUGCUUGGACCACUCCUACCGGAAGGGAGGCAGCUUGGUGGCUGCAGCACCCGCUGCGCCACAGUUCGCUGCGCCUACGGGCGCCUGGCACACCGUGAUGAGUCCAGGUCUUAGCGUCUUGUUGAGCAUUUUGGCAACGGCCUUCCUGGCGCACUACAACGCGCCUCUGUUCCUGGAGCAGCUGGCACCAGACCCAAAGACCGGCAAGAAGGACAAGCGCUUCGUGGUGGUGUCCGUCUUGGGUUUCUGCACAGCAGGCCUGAUUUUCAGCCUGGUGAUGGUGGGAGGUUUCCUAACAUUCGGCAGCUCUUGCAUGGGCCUCAUCCUCAACAACUACGCCGCCAUAGACAGUCUUGCUUUGCUUGCUCGAGCAGCGAUUGUGCUGUCCUUGGUCACUGCAUACCCGCUGGUUUUCCUGAGCUUGCGCAAGCAGGUGCUCGAAAUCCUUGGAAGCAAGGGGGCCGACUUCGCGAACCAACGGCCUAGGGCGAUGACGAUCUCCUUGCUGGCAGGCGUCACCGCUGUGGCGUUCAAGCUGCGGAAUCUCGGAGUCGUUGCUGCGCUAGCCGGCGCCAGCCUGGGGACUUUUCUUGUGUACGUAGCCCCUGCUCUCAUGGUGAUGGGAGCGCAGCGACGGGGACUUGUGGCACAACCCGAGGGGCCUACUGGACAGCUCGCGCGAGCUGUGCAGAUUUUCUUAGUGCCUUUGGGGUUGGGACUGGGAGUGAUCGGUUGCAUCCAGUGUCUGAAGUGA